UGUUUAUUUACUGUUUUAUGUUCGGUUUGAUAAGUUCAUUUAUGUGAAUUGCUACAUAAGUUGGAGUUAAAAAGUGGAAUAAAUCAAAUUAUCAUAAUAAAAUUACACAAGAAGAUCCAACAAAACAUGGCAAAGAUUCCUUUACUUCCACAUGAGCUAGUCCUUGAAAUAAUCUCAAAAUUGACUUCCAUCGAUGACUUAAAGAACUGCAUGGAAAUAUCAAAAGAAAUUCACGAUUUGAUGUUUAAGACACCAGAAAUUAUGAGAAAUAUUCUUAUAAAUGUGGACAUUGCUGAAGAUGAUUCUGAAGAUACAGUCGAAAUUUUAAAGUUUCUUGAAGCUAAUGCGACAUCGAUUCGAUGCCUUAGGAUGACAAUUUAUGCUACAAAUGCAUGCUUGAAGCUCAGAUCAAUCUUAAGUGACAUGAGGAAUUUAGAGGAAGUUACAAUGAAACUUUACAGCUACGCAAGUGACAGGGAUGCAAACUAUAAAGUUGACGAAAAUUUAAUCAUCAAUUUACCAAAGUUAAAGUCAUUAGAGACUGACUUGGAGUCAUUUUUGCUGCUCAUGCCAAAUGUCAAAAAUAAUAAAAAUUUGGUCAAUUGCACAAUUUCUUAUGGAAACAACCGAAAUAUGUCAAACGAGCAUUGUGAAAAUUUCGUCAAAUUUUUAAGCCAACAAAAAGUUUUAAAAAAGUUGAAUUUAAAAUUUGACGAUAAUUGUCCAGUGGACUUUCCACAUCGAGACAUCAGCGAGGAUUUAAAAUUCAAAUUGACAACAUUAAGCAUCAGUAGAAUUAAAAAUACAGUAAAUCCAAUGCUUGACAGCUUCCUUAAAAUCCAAGGAAAAUAUUUAAAAAAUUUAAUUCUUGAAAAUUGUCCAAAUGACGAUUUUUUGGAAAUUUUAUUUGAAAAUUUUUAUAAUUUAAAAAAUUUAAAAUUAUUCAUACAAAAAAAUAAUUCAAUAUUUUCUGAAAAAUGUCCACAUUGGGAGUUGAGGUCGCUAAUGUAUUUUGAGGAUUUAUCGAAUAGCUUUAUGGGCGAUAAAAUCAAUUUGUUUAAACUUGUCGAAAGAUUUCCAAAUAUUGAGCAUUUAAAGUGCGGCGAUUUGCUGAGUUGCGAUCAAAUUUUUGAUAAAAUAACAAUUUUGGAUUUAAAUUAUUCAAAUUUUACAAAUUUGUGUCACAUUAAACUUCCAAAUUUGAGAGUUUUUACUGUUAAAACCACGACAGUAAUUUUAGAGAAAAAUUUUGAAAGUUUUUUAAAAAAUGCGCCAAAAAUUGAGAAAAUUUUCAUGGAUUUUCAAUUUGGCGGACGUCUUCAAGUUGAGUCAUUUAAUUUUAUGAUAAAAUUGAAUGAUUUGGAAAAUUUAGAAACUUUUCACAUUGACUUUUUGAGAAUUAAGCCGACAGAAUAUGAAUGGAAAAAAUGUCGAAUUAAUUUUAUGACAAAAAUUGUUAAAAUAAGUUCAGAUUUGGAUCCUAUUUUUGAAAGGUUUUUGGAAUUUAAUUUUAAAUCUUUUAAAUUUGUUAUAUUUAGUUUUAAAGAUUGUCAGCUUGGUUAUCUUAAGUGAGC